AUCACUAUAUAUUAUCUCAAGUAAACAAUUAUUAACAAUGUCUUCAGUCGCCGCCGAUGGAUUUAACGCUUCCGAAUUAUGGGAAUUAUUAGAAGCCGCUCUUCACGACAAAGAAAUUGCUGAAACCGCCAUCAAGAACGUCAAGGCCAUUCUUGUCAUUACAUUGAAGAACAAGGAAGGUAAAGAACUCUCUUGGGUGUUGGACUUGAAGAAUGAAGGUACUCUUAAGAAGGUUGAAGGUCCUCCACCAAAGGGUGAUGUCCAAUUAAUCUUGAAGGAUGCUGAUUUCGUUAAGUUAGCCAACGGUAAGGCCAACGGUCAAAAGUUGUUUAUGAACGGUAAAUUAAAGAUCAGAGGUAACAUGAUGAAGGCUACUGCUUUAGAAGGUGUCUUUAAGUCUAUGGACCCAAGACCAAAGGCUAAGUUGUAAGUUAGUUUUAUAGUAAAUGUGAAUAUUUAUGAU